AUGCGAUUUAUUGAGACUUAUACGCCUACUGGAGAGAAAACUGGUUCAGAGGUCGGCCAAGUAAAAGAAUUGAUUUUGCCCUCCGCCCCUAAGCCACCAACAGUCGAUACAAGUGUUUCUUCAGAAUUGUUAUCUUCUUAUGAAGCUGAAGAUUUGCCACCACCCGAAGUCGUUCUUGCAGCUGAAUCUUUAGAAAAACGAUUAAUAGAUAAUUCUACUGCACACGCUUAUUAA